AUGUCGCAUGGGAGCACGUCCGAAAGUAGCUCCUCGUCUGCCCAGUCCAGCCGGCAGAUUGACGAGGAGGCUGCAACCGGCGGGUCGGCGGGCCGCAGGCGUAAACGUCACGUUCAAGACGUCAUCGAGGGUUCUGCACGUGUGGAGAGGGAACCUGACGCAGCUCCGGCGCCAUCAUCGGACGACGACCCCAAUGAGGCUCUCCCCAGGCGUAACCCAGUGGACACCGAGAACAAGGAUGAUGCGGAAGCAGACAAUGAGGCUGAGGCCGACGCGGAAGAGGCGCACGCCGGCGCGGAACGUACUCCGAAUGACACACCGGUCACGCGGGAGGAGCUGCAGAGCAUGCGGGAGCUCCAUGAAGCCACGGCACGUGCGAUUGCAAGGCUGGAGACUGCGUUCCUUGCGAAACCCCGGGAUGACGUCAACAAUAAGAGGAAGAGGCGUCGGAAGCGCGGAUCCGGCAAGGGAAAGCGCCGCAAGGCGCGGCGGUCACGCUCCACGUCCGAGACGGCGUCCGAGGAAGAGGGGGAGUUCGAAGAGGGAGAUGAUGGCCACAUUCGACACUCCACCUCUGCCAUUCUGCAGGAGGCGCUCGAGCUCCUCCCGACCGACAAGGGGUGGAAGGAAAUAUGUGAGCAGGCUCGCACCAAGCUGUUCAUUCGGCGCUCCAACUUGCAGUUGACGUUCUACCCCAGCAGCGCAGCCAAGACCUGGGCCAUCUGCGCAGUCGUGGAUAACCUGACCCCCAACUAUGCAAGCCUUGCACUCGUGGCUGACCCAAACAGGUCGUUCAGCGACUGGAAGACUAGUGCGGCAGGGAGAGUCCGGGACAUCUCGUUGCCUAGGAUUGGGCUAUUUCGCCACGAACGAGACAUGAAAAGCCUCUGGGCGACACGUUCGAGGCGCACCUUGUCCCGAAUCCGAGAUAGGGUCAGCCUUGGAGACGUAGCCACGGAUAAGCUGGCACCGUCUCGUUGGAGUUGCGACCGAAACGGGAUGUUGUUCGCCUCUGAUGCGUUUACUGCACGCAGCGCGGGCGGCGUUCAAGCCACGAAUGGUGAACGGGACCGUAACACUGAAGCUCUACCACGUGACAUGGCUGGAGCACGUGGUACGUCACCGAGGUCGCACCAAGGUCGCUUCUCCAACUCUGCGGGCUCCAACGCGCAGAUCGUGGACGGCCUGCACGUCCUCGUCAAGGCUGCUGUUACUCGGACCAUCGCGGAGUUCCGGCCCGAGUAUGACGCGACGUCCCAGAGCUGGGCAUGGGGCUGUCAUGGUCUCCGCAUCUCGGCGGACGGCAUCGCGGCUGCCGACGCGGUGAGCGUGGAGGCUAGCGCCAGCCGCGGGACUCCGCAGGCAUAA